CUAGGCAAGUGAAUGUGUGCGAGACCUUGGACGCUGUCACGUGGGCAUCAUCGCCGUGUAAAAAGCCAGAUGAAUGAGAUGGCAACAUGACUCACCGCGCAAAUGGAGAGAAUGGAGGUGAAGUGAAGAACAUGGCGGGAGUCAAACGCUCGAUCCUCGAUCCCCCGUAAAGGAGUUUUGCCGGCUGCUUGAGCAUCACCUGCUCGACGAAAUGCCCAUGCGAAACGCGAACAGUUAUACACCGUGGCAUGUGUAACACGCCACCAAUAUAAUUCAUUGGUUCUUAUGAAGUGAAUAUGAUUGUGGGAGCAAAGCAACUGUACAGGUCUUCUCGUCAUCUUAGCAGCCUCGUCUUCAACUUUUCUCCGGUACGGUCAGUCUCUUCCCUGCAAAGUCUCGAGGAAAGCUUGAAAGCUGCCAUUCAAGCCAAAAACUACCAGCAUAUACCAGACCUUCUCAAUUCUUCCCAAGACGAAAAUCCAAAACUCUUAUCUUUUCUAUCAGAUUUCCCCCGGAACAACAGAACCCAAAUAAUAGAUGAAAUUUUACAGUCUUUUGUCCCUCUCAGACCUCGUUCUAGGCUGCGGGCCGCAUACUCCUGCCUCCUUUGUUAUACCCUUCAAAGUCCUGAUCCCUUUCCUAUUGCUCUUAGCAUCCUUCAACGGACCCUUCGCUCUGGCUGUGUUCCUGUUCCCCAAGCCCGUUUGUUCCUCUCAUCCGCAUGGUUGGAACAGCUAUCCCAAUCUCGUUCUGUAGCUGACAUUUUGUUAGGUAUGAGGCUGAUUGGGUACAGUCCUGAUUCAGGCACUUGCAAUUACGUUAUGUCAUCUCUUUGUGCUGUUGAUCAAUUAGAAGAAGCAAAUGAAGUCCUGAAGGGAAUGACUCGGGCUGGUUGUGUUCCUGAUUUGGAUAGCUAUGGUGCAGUAAUUGGCGCAAUGUGCUCUGCCAGAAGGACUUCUGAUGCUAUAGAGAUGUUGACACAGAUGGUGGGGAAACUUGGGUUGACACCUAGGCAAGAUAUGGUGGCAAAAAUGCUAGCGACACUGCUUGCAACUAAAGAGAUUCGGAAGGCAGUGGAGACUAUAGAGUACUUGGAGAGGGAAAAUUACCCUCUCAGAUUUCAAUCAUAUGAAAGGCUGGUAGAAGGAUGCUUGAAGUGCUGCGAGCAUGUUUUAGCAGGAAAAAUGGUCAUGGCAAUGACAGCCAGAGGGUUUAUUCCUUACAUUGACAUAAGGCAAAAGGUAGUUGAAGGUUUAGCUGCUCAUGGGGAGAUGGACCUUGUUCGUGCUGUGAGACAAAGAUUUGUAGAAUUGAGAUCGUAGUGCCUUCUGCUGGAAGCGCAUGCAUAUUUGAUUUGCCAUUUUGACAUUGGCAGUGUCUGUCUUCCUUUUUAGUUGCAUAGAUCCGAUAUUAAGGCAAUUGCUGUUAUAUUCUUUUUAGAUAGUCAACAACGGAAGGUAGGCACCCUCUUUCAGCUGUAUCAAUUUGCAGUGUAUCAAAUGCUAGCAAAUCUGUAGUUUCUUGAUAACAUGCCAAUUUGUAACUUCAAAAUUACACAGGAAACUAUUGUGUAAGAUUGUGGCUGAAAUUUUAGAGAAAGUAAAGUCUCUC